AUGCUGUUGUUUGCACUUCUGAUAUCGGUCUUUCCCUGCACGGUAGCUCAGUUUCAAGCUGACGGGCAUGGAGGCGAGCUGCUGUCGACAGUGGUUUCAAUUUUAUUGCAUCAAUAUUUUCGCCAUCCGUUUCAACCCGUGCUGAUAUAUCAUACAGCCUCCACCAGAUCUCAUCACCUUUUGCAGCGGGACAUCCUAGACGGAGUAUUGCCGUCGCUAAAAGGCCAGUGUUCUGUGGCGUUUGGAACUUUUCGUGAGCAUGGAGCAGCUCUACGAUCGCAUGCGGUAUUACUUGGACAGGAUUUGGAAUCGAUCGAAAGCAUACUCAAAGAUUUCAACACUAAUAGCAACGAUUACUCCGGACGCUAUCUACUAGUAUUAACUGGUGGUAUGCAGGAUACUCAGAUGGAGCGUCUUUUUGCUGAGCUGUGGCUACGCCACAUAGUGCAUGUGAAUGUUUUGGUACCUGUAAACGCAUCAGUGAGCGUUUACUCAUACCAACCGUACUCACCGGAACAUUGUGGUCAUCCGAAACCGGAACUAGUAGCUACUUUACCAAUGGAGCAUAUGCUGCCCAGUCUGUAUCCUGUACGACGUUUUGACAACCUUCAUAAUUGUACUUUAAAGGUGGGGACGUUUGAAGCGAAACCGUACACUACUUUUGAGCGCAAGGUGGAUGGGUUCAGCAAUCUGGGCGGUUUCGAAGGUGAACUUUUGCAUAUGCUUUCCCAACAGCUCAAUUUUCGUUUCAAUGUGGUCGAAUCACCAGGCCAAGUGCAGUGGGGAGCUAUUGGACCACCUGGAAAUAGUACAGGUACGAUGCAGUUGGCACAAAACGAGCUGGUAGAUUUCAUCAUUGCUUGCAUGGCACUAGACGUUACUCGCAGUAUAUACCUUAAAGCUGGUGUUUCUCAUUACGCGUCACGUAUUGUGUUCGCCGUACCUCAGGGACGACCAUACACUGCGUUCGAGAAGUUGUUCAAACCUUUCCAGAUCGACAUUUGGGCGAGCCUUGGUGCGAUGCUUCUGGGGGUGUUGAUUGUCGUCACAGUUCUCAGUUGUGGACAACGUGCCCGUGCCCUCCGGCAAUUCGUUUACGGACAAUAUGAGCAUAUGCCUCUCUUUAAUGCACUAAAUGUAUUGUUAGGUGGAGCAGUAGUGAACACACCUCGACGCAAUUUUGCCCGUUCGUUGUUUGUGCUCUGGCUUUAUUUUACAUUUGUUGUGCGCACACUUUACCAAGGGUCGCUUUACUUGUAUUUACAGCGAAGUGCUACUUAUCCUCCGCUAUCAACAAUCGAGGAGGUUCACAAUUCUGCGUUGCAAUACCAUAUGGUAAACAUUGCAAUGCGAUUUUUCGUCGACCGGCCGCAGAUCCUGCCAAGGGUGCAUUUCAUCCCACCCGGGUUGGAUACACUAGGUGAGGCGGUUGCUGGAAUGGCCGAACGGUACCAAGAUCGGGUUGUCGUUUGCCCGAUAGAUAUGGUCGCAUACAAUAACAAACUGAAAAGGCGCAAGCAUUUGGGCAAGAAGAUUUACGUAACGCGCGAAUCGAUCACCUUCUUCCCGCUCACUAUUUACUAUCCGAAGAAGUCAUUCCUUACCCAAGUAUUCGAUCACGAGAUUAAGAAGAUCAUUCAGAGUGGUAUCAUAAACUUUUGGGUUCGUAACUAUGGUGACUAUGAUUUGGAUACUGGUCGACGCACGUCUCAGACAGCAACAAGCCCUCGCAAACUCACCCUUAAGCAUAUGGUCGGUGCAUACCAGAUAUUGCUUGGAGUGCAUCUAUUGGCCAUAAUCGUUUUUUUGUUCGAGUUGGCUUCGAUACGCAUAGUGAUUAUACGUCGUUUGUUGGAGUUUUGUAUGGACUAG